GCUCGUAAAUGUCCUACUUAUUGGUAAUUUGUUAGUAGUAGGUAUAACCUAGUAGCUAUAUGUAUGUUCUAUAUGGUAUUUUAUUGAUGCCUUUUUUCAAGUCUUUUUAGCAUUUAUUUAUUUUUUUUCAUUUAAUAUCAGAGUAUCAAAUUUGCUUUUUCUAAAUCUUGUUUUUUUUUUAUAUAAUUUAAAAGCCCAAUCCUAGUACAAAUGCCCCAUUGGUUAGCAGUAUAUCAUUGUAAUGGCUUCAAUCUGCUUAAGAAACCGAGCGUUUUAUAUUUUUAGUGAAGUGCUCAUCAGACUUGUCUUGAUUGGGGUGUUUAUGUAUACGGAAGUGCAAGAACCAUUUGAAAGAUUGAUCCAACCAGAAGAAUGGUGGUUGUACAAAAAUCCUAUAUCUCUAAAUCCAAGAGUCUCUACUCUAAAGCUAUAUUUGAUCACAACUCUUUCUCCUCCCAUCACAAUCCUCAUCUUCAGUGGAAUCGGGAUGCGAAAUGAUCUUGUUCCUGCUUUUUUAUCUUCAACAUUAUGCCUUGUCAUCAAUGGAGUGCUCACCAAUGCUGUUAAGCUUACAGUGGGAAGACCUAGACCUGACUUUUUCUUUAGGUGUUUUAAAGAUGGUGUUCUACCUGAGGGUCAACCAUCAACAUACAAUUUACUUUGCACUGGUGAUAGUGAAACUAUCAUAGAAGGAAGAAAAAGUUUUCCGAGUGGACAUUCUUCAUUUGCAUUUGUAAGCCUUGGAUUCUGUGCUUUUUACAUAGCUGGAAAGCUGCAGUGUUUCUCAACUGGUGGCCAGGGUAAGUCAUGGAGGCUUUGUGCGUGUCUGAUUCCCCUGCUCAUUGCAGCACUGACAGCUAUUAGCAGAACUUGUGACUACAUGCACCACUGGCAAGAUGUAACAGUUGGAUCAAUCAUGGGUUUGAGCAUAGCAUAUCUUGGAUAUCGACAGUACUACCCACCUCUUAGCUCCCCAGAAUGCAGUGUUCCAUACAUGGACAGUUUACCUCAAGUGAAAUCUAGUUCCAACCUGUAUGAAGUGGUAUCUGGUGGAACCAAAGUCAUGUGAAAUAUGUACUGCCGUUCACUAGUUCAAUUCGGGUGCCCUGCUUUAAUUUGUGCAACUGGUUGUGUGUACAUCUGCUAAACUUUUACCAAUUCUAGCCAUUACUUUUGUUUAAGAGUCUGUUGUUCAUUUUUUUGUGUUAUCACUGGUAAAAGUUUAUCUAUUCAUCAGUGUCGCUACUAUAUUCUUUGUUUUUAUGCAGCUGGUGUUAUAUGGAACAUAAUCUAAAUGGAAGCGGCUACCACUUAUUGAACAUUUUUACAUAUUCAAAUGUUUUACUUUAUACUGGCAAAUACAUUUGCGUUUGGUACAGUUUG